ACUUUGGGCACGGAAUAUUCGACAGAAUAUUCGACCAUUAUGAUUAAAGAGGAAUGCCUGCCAGAUUUAACAUUGGAAUUGUAUUCUUCGAACAAUUCAGUGAGUCACUUAGAGAGCAAAUUCAAGUGCCCGAAAUGUCCGAAUGUAUACAAAAGUAAACAGUCCUUGAAUGGGCAUCUGUUGAAGCACGAGGGCAUAAAGAGUCACUUAAAGAGCAAAUUCAAGUGUUCGAAAUGUCCGAAUGUGUACAAAAGUAAACGGAAUCUGAAUGAGCAUCUGUUGAAGCACGAGAGCAUAAAAAAGAACUUUCCUUGCGACACUUGCGGUAAGAUUUUUCACUCGCCCGUGAGGAUGCGUGUACACAUGCUUAGGCAUAGAAGCAACAGUUUGGCAUGUGAGAUUUGCCGAUAUCGCUUAUCGAGUAAAGAAGCCUUGGAAAAACAUUACAAAACAGUGCAUUUACAUGAUUAUGUCUGCGAUAUAUGUCACAAGAAAAUUAAAUGUAAAAAGAUGUUGCGCGCUCAUAUAACUAGUCACUUAGAGAGCCAAUUCAAGUGCCCGAAAUGUCCGAAUGUGUACAAAAGCAAACUGUACUUGAAUGAGCAUCUUCUGUUGAAGCACGAGGGCAUCCGUAAAUAUGAAUGCUCUAUCUGCAAAGAAAGGUUCGGUUACCGAUCGCACUUCGCUUAUCAUCAGAAAGCGCACUCUAGGCCUAGCAAAACCUUCACAGAACGCGAAAAGAAAGCUAUAUGAUUUCUAUGCGAACAAACGGUACUACAGUGAAAGACAUUGCCGUCACAUGUAAGACUUCAAAAUCAGUCGUACAACAUGUAUUAAGGAAUUUUAAGAUGAGAGACCAUGUAAAGUUACGAUUCAGCGGUCUUUCCAAACAGAACAGCUGAUGCACCGCUACUGAAAUCUAAGCCAAAUUUUCGAGUUUCCAUGACAAAAAUCUAUCAAUUAAUAUUAUUAGGAUGCUAGUUUAUUUAAAGGACAAUCGG